AGGUGGCAGGGGCGGGGCAGCUGGCGGUAGAGAAGGCUGUGGUCUUCAGGGGGCUGUAGGUGAAGGCAUGGCUCAGGCCAGCAGCGGGAACGGCAGCGAGGAGGCCUGGGGGGCACUUCGGGUGCCGCAACAGCAGAGUCCCGCAGCGUCUUCUGUUGAGGGAGCAAUUUGGAGAAGAGCUGGAACCCAGACUUGCGCCCUGGAUGCCAUUCUUUAUCAUCCACAGCAAUCCCAUCUGCUUCGAAUGCUGUGCCCAGGAGUGAACAACCAGCCCUACCUCUGUGAGAGUGGUCACUGCUGCGGGGAGACUGGCUGCUGCACCUACUAUUAUGAGCUCUGGUGGUUCUGGCUGCUCUGGACUGUCCUCAUCCUCUUUAGCUGCUGUUGCGCCUUCCGCCAUCGACGAGCUAAACUCCGGCUGCAGCACCAGCAGCGUCAGCGUGAGAUCAACCUGCUGGCCUACAAUGGGGCCUGCCACGGGGCCAGCCCUGGCCCUGCAGGUUCACUGCUUGACCUUCGCCUCCUCAGCGCCUUCAAACCCCCAGCCUAUGAGGAUGUGGUUCACCGUCCAGGGACACCGCCGCCUCCUUAUACUGCAGCCUCAGGCUGCGCCUUGACUGCUUCGGGUGAAUGCACAUGCUGUUCCUCUGCUUCUAGCUGCCCUGCCCACUGCGAGGGAACAAAUAUGGAAGGUGUUGCCUCCCACCAGAGUGGGCCCCCACAUCAGGAGAGUGAGCCUGGGGCAGGGGUGAGCCCUGUUCCCACACCACCCUCCUGCCGCCAUCGCCACCUGACUGGUGACUCAGGUAUCGAGCUGUGCCCUUGUCCUGACUCCAGUGAGGGUGAGCCAGUCAAGGCUAGGGCUAGUGCCAUUCCGCUAGAUCUGGAGGACCACUCCCCUUGCAGACUGCCCCUAGAUCCUGAAUCCGGGGUCUCUCCUGUGGGGCUGGCUUCCAGUGAAGGGGACAUCCUAUAAGCAGUUUGGGGAGGGUGGGUGAGUUACUUGCCCACCAGAAAUAGCCCUGGUCUCAACUCUUCAAGUUCUCCUUGGCCUCUCCUUGCCCUCCUAGAAUCUGAGAAAGCUAGAGUCUGAGGAGAGGGGCAGUGUUUGGGGGACUGUGCUAGCUCUACCCCCAAGACAGGAGCCUUUGAUCUCAUUAAAGAGAUGUGAACCAGCUGCUGGUGAAUUUGGGUGGACUAGUGCUCAACUCACUGCAUUGCACUUGACCUGACU